AUGGCCCCCAUUGCCGCAGACAGCAAGAGGCGUUCACGCGCACGUAAGGAGCAAAUCCCGCGCCUGACAUUCAAGGAAAUCCUUCUCCGUGUACUCUUCUUUCUUGUCGUCCUCGGGGUCCCGCUGUGGAUGAUCUAUAGCUUUACCCCAUUCUUCGUGGUGCAGCGGCUGCAGUGUCGGGCUGUUGAGAAGCUCUGGGGUGAUGCCACAGUGCGUGCGAUGGAGGACGGAUACCACCGCUACGAGGCGUCACCACCGCGCUUUCCAUCACUUGAAUACAACAAGACGAUGAUGUGGGGAACAUACGAACCAGGCUUGCUCUUUGCAAUGAAAACGCGUACACCGAAGCCAGUGUACAUUGGCAUUGGGUGGUACGACGAGGCUGGGAUGCGCCCUGUGCGGCACAAGAUGGCAGAUGUGCUGUCGCUAGAGGGGCGCCGAGAUGACACGAACGAGGAAGUUAUUUCCGACGAGAAGUCGAGCGACUUCGAGGCGUGGUGGACGGUGCACGACGGAGUUCAUUAUGGCCGCCAGUAUGUGCGGGACGGCAUCUGCAAAGUAAACAUUGAGUUCUUGAAGAGCCCAUCAGGGGACACGUGGCACCUGCGCGUGCACAGCCAAAUGGAUGGAGCAAAACCGAUGGUAUUCGUCGUGUAUGUGGUGAACGAGGGCGGCGACGGCAUCGAGCCCGAAGCAGCAGCGGACGCAGGAGACAGCUCAUGGAACCCUCAGAUUAGGAGUGAGUAUGAAGACGCUGAAGGACGACGCGAGGGAUUCACAUUACUCCUGCGCGACGACCACAACCCGUUCUUCACACCGCCACUCUGGAAGGCGCACGGCUGGCACGCUGCUGCCGGUGAGUUCCUACGCGACGUUGACCUCCGCAGCGUGCCUUCAAGCGCGCACCUGUACGCCAGCGAGCAUGUUGGUGGAGAGCACUGGAAAGGCCCCCCGAGCGGCACGGCUGCACAUAACGUGAUGGUGUUCCGUAAGCGUUACGAAUCAGACUUUCGGAUUGAGCUUUCGAUGCGUCAUGCUUCACAUCUUAUCGUGGACGGCCAGGACGCAACAGCACACCACUCCUUUGUGCCGACCUAUGACGCACUGACGACGUGCCAACUCACAAACGCCUUUCGUCAGCGGGAGAAAGGGGUUCUGCAGCGCAUGCGUCAGAUGGUUUCGUCAGGAGCAAAUGGCUUCCGUGCUCAUCGCAAGUUGUACAUCAACAGGGCACGUCGUGUACUCAGCGGUGCACUAGGCUCGUGGGGGUUCUGGCGUGGGCGCUACCUGUACGCGAACCCGAACAUUGAUGCAUUGUGGGAUAAUCAAGGAAAAGCAGCAGCAGUGCAGUCUGAUGACCAACUGCAGGAAGCGACGUACGACGUUUCAGCGUUCGGGGCUGUUCCCUCACGUGUAGACGUGACCCACGGUGAUCUGACACUAACAGGGAUGCAACUUCUGUUCAUGCUUCGAUGGAACAAGGAGUGGGUAAAAGAGUCCAUUGCAUCUUGGCUUGUGGAUACACAAAAUCAGAGUGAUGGUUUUAUUCCACGACGAGCAGUUUUCACCCAGGAAUCCCGUUCAUUUACUGUGCCAUCUGCGCGGUACGAACAUCUUACAUUCACAGAGGCUCCAACAAUCCUGCUUCCUAUCCGUGAACUGCUCCGUGAGGACCAAGGUGGUACCACUCAGAAGGCCUUCUUCGAGAUGGUACUUCCACCUCUGCGUCGCUGGCGGACAUGGUUCCACACGACACAGAGCUCCAGCAGUAAUCCAGCAAGCCUAGAAGCUCUCGCUGUUGCCUCUACUGGUGGCGCAUCAGCAUCGGCAGAGGGGGAUGGAGCCCACGCGCCGCCAAUGUACCGGUGGCGUUCACGUGACGACUACCGCAUCACGACUAGCGGUAUGCCCGAUUAUCCCCGACCUGUAUGUGACGGCCACCACACAAAGGAGGCCCACGUGGACCUAUUUUCCUGGGUGGCGCUGCUGAGCACAACCAUUAGUGAUAUCGAACGGCACCUUGGUCUUGCCGAGAGUAUCCCUAAGCACCUGUGGAUAAAAUGGUUAGACGAGGCACAUUGGGAUUCAGACAAUCAGCGCUACGCCGAUCGCGUUGGCUGCCCAGGUAGACCCUUCUCGCCAUACGUGGGGUACGCCAACCUCUACCCAUUUAUCCUUGGCCUCCUCGACGACAAUGCGCGUGCACACACAGUUCUUGACCUUAUCAAGUCAGAUCUCAUGACGCCAUACGGUGUGAUGUCUGUUUCAUACGACGCCGUGCGGACGGCCCGAACCGCUGGGCUCCGCCACGACAACCGCUGGAUGGGUCAUGUGUGGGUGCCGGUGAAUGCCCUUCUGCUGCACACGCUGCGGUCGAAGUACGUCGCCCGUCUUGGGGCGCCUGCGGAGGAGCUCUUCCAGCGGCUGCGGCUCUCGGUGGUGGAGGCGGCCGGCGGCUCCCACACGAUGGCGGAAGCGCUGAACCCUGUGACGGGUGCGGCCGAGAGCACCGCGUCGCUCGUGGGGUACCGCGCUCUGUUGCUCCUGCUCAUGGAACAAUACGACUGA